CACAGAUCUCAGCCUCACCAAACAGUGUCUUCUCUAUUGCUCAUCAUACAGGAAGUGGCUGAUUGACUUACCAGCACUGCAGAUAGUCUGGAGUCUCUCUGAGGUGAACCUGCUUUCACCCAGAAAGUUCCUACUAAAUCAGAGAACCAUGAGACAGAAAAGCUGUUGAUUUACUUGAACGGAAUUUUUACAAUAGGAUUACGCCGUCUUGAUUCCAGAUUCAAACUAGAACGUCGAAACACUCGCAAGAGGUGAUACCAACUUCAGUCUCCAUUUUUCUUCCUGCGUCAAUGGUGCUAUGUAGAGGAAAUACAGUUGACAAGAAAUAAAGGGCUCAACAAUGACGGAAAGUCCUGACAGUCAGUGUGAGGCAACGUAAAGUCUUUCCUGGGUGAAAGUGGCUUAUCUGCAGCUUUAACAAGUAAAAGAUUUGACGAUGGGCUGCAAUUGCAGUUCGGAGUACGAUGACGAUAAUUGGAUAGAGGAUAUGUGCGAGCAAUGCAAAAUCGAGUAUGAACGCGAGCAGAAGCAAUACCAGCAACAUAAUUAUCCUGACAUCCAGAACCCUCUGGUGUCGUAUGAACCCCAGUCGCCACCACCUAUGUCUCCCUUUCCAGGUGAUAUAUUCGUGGCCAUUUACAGCUAUCAACCAGCUCACGAGGGUGACUUGGAAUUCAACAAAGGAGACAAGCUGAAGGUUCUAACUCAGCAGGGAGAGUGGUGGAAUGCGCAAUCUUUGUUGACAGGACAAACAGGAUAUAUUCCAUGGAAUUUUGUGGCCAAAGCACACUCACUCGAAACUGAACAGUGGUUCUUUAAAGAUCUGAGCCGGAAAGAUGCUGAAAGGCAGCUCCUCGCCCCUGGCAACACCAAGGGCUCCUUCUUAAUCAGAGAGAGCGAGACGGUUCAAGGCUCCUUUUCUCUGACUGUGCGGGACUUUGACUCGCAACAAGGAGAUGUGGUGAAACACUACAAAAUUCGCUCAUUAGAUAAAGGAGGCUGUUACAUUUCUCCCCGGAUAACCUUCAACAAUAUACAUGAGUUAGUGCAACAUUAUACAGUUAACUUGGAUGGUUUAUGUCAGUUGUUGGUAAAACCAUGUCAGAAUCGGGCGCCACAGAAGCCAUGGUGGCAGGAUGAGUGGGAAGUCCCUCGGGAGUCGCUGAAACUGGAGCAGAAAUUGGGAUCAGGGCAGUUUGGAGAUGUCUGGAUGGGCUGUUAUAACAACCACACCAAAGUGGCCAUCAAGUGUCUGAAGACCGGCAGCAUGUCUCCCGAAGCCUUCCUGGCCGAGGCCAAUUUGAUGAAGACUCUGCAGCACGACAAGCUGGUGCGAUUGUACGCUGUGGUGACGGAGGAACCGAUCUUCAUCAUCACCGAAUACAUGUCAAAUGGGAGCUUAGUUGAUUUUCUCAAGACAUCCGCAGGAGCCAAACUCACUAUAUAUAAGCUCAUUGACAUGGCAGCACAGAUUGCAGAGGGAAUGGCUUUUAUUGAAAGGAAAAACUAUAUUCACCGAGACCUCCGAGCAGCCAAUAUCCUGGUGUCAGAUACUGUCAACUGUAAGAUUGCUGACUUUGGCCUUGCCCGGCUCAUUGAAGACAAUGAAUACACCGCAAGAGAGGGAGCUAAAUUCCCCAUCAAGUGGACAGCACCAGAAGCUAUCAACUACGGCACAUUUACCAUUAAGUCAGACGUCUGGUCAUUCGGGAUCCUACUUACGGAAAUUGUAACGUUUGGACGAAUACCAUAUCCAGGAAUGUCUAACCCUGAAGUGAUUCAGAGUUUGGAACAGGGCUAUCGAAUGCCAGCUCCUGAAAACACUCCAUUUGAACUGUACAGCGUGAUGGGUCGCUGCUGGAUGGAGAAGCCUGAAGACCGUCCCACCUUCGAUUACCUGCAAAGUGUCCUCGAGGAUUUCUUCACAGCCACGGAAUCCCAAUACCAGCAGCAGCCCCAAUGAGGGCAGCAUUCAAACAACUGAUUGGGGAAAUGAACCUUGGAAAUGAUUCUUUGAACA